AUGGAACUGGUGUUGAGGGAUCAGAAGGCCAUGAGGGAUUACAUCACGGAGGUGCUGAACGCAGGUAUCAUACAACCAUCUACAUCCCUGGCCUCGUCAGGGUUCUUUAUCAUGGGGAAAAAGGAUGGGGGCCUACGCCCCUGCAUCGACUAUCGGAUUAUACACCAUCACAGUCAGGUCUUUGUGAACCAUGUCCUUGGGGACCUGGUUUAUGAAUACGUUUAUCUUGACGAUAUUCUGAUCUUCUCUAAGACCCGGGAGCUACAUGUCCCCCAAGUGUCCUUCUUAGGGUACAUUCUGAGUAAAGCAGGAGUGGUUUUGGGCCCCAAGAAGGUACGGGUGGUGCUGAAGUGGCCGAGACCAAAGACCAUGAAGGCCCUGCAGCAGUUCCUGAGACUGGUCAACUUCUAUUGGAGGUUCAUCUGGGGGAUCAGCUCCUUUACCGUAUCCUACAGGCCUGGUUCCAAGAACAUAAAAUCCAACGCCCUCUCGCAACUACACGACCCAGACCCAGCCCCUGAAAGCCCCGAGUCAAUCCUGCCCAAGAACUGCCCCAGUGAUGUACCAUCUGUCGACACCUGGUACAAGGACAGCAAGGAGACCUGGCUCCUUGGGACCCCUCCCUUGCCGGUGCAAGUGGAUGGGGCCCUGGCGUACCUGGUACGGAUUCUCCUUGACUCCUGGCGUCGGCGCAGAGGCAUGCAGUACCUGGUGGAUGGGGAGGGGUAUGGCUCAGAGGAAGGGGGCUGGGUGCCUGUGCGGGAUAUUCUGGACCUAAACUUAAUCUCUGAUUUCCACCGGGACCAUAAGGACCAGCUGGCAACCAGGCCCAGGGGGCGCCCUUCCAGGGCUCGUAGGGCGGCAGGGGCCACCCUCAGGAGGGGAGGUGUGCAGGCUGACAUUGUACUGACUGAGUCUGAAUCAGUAGUGAAGAGACCAGGACAAUCUCAUAAACUGACCUCUACAGCUUCUGGAUUCACAUUCAGUUGCUAUUGGAUGGCCUGGAUCAAACAGGCUUGUCCUGGGAAGGGACUGGAGUGGAUCGCCGCUCUUAACGGUGAUGGGGGAAGCACAUACUACUCCCAGUCUGUUCAGGGUAGAUUUACAGUCUCCAGAGACAACAACAAGGCACAUUUCUAUUUAAAGAUGAACAACCUGCAAGUGGAGGACACUGCAGUUUACUACUGUGCUAGAGAUACACAUGGGUUGGACCAGUUUGACUACUGGGGAAAGGGGACCCUGGUCACUGUGACUGCAGCUGCAAAGAGUGCACCAACUGUCUUUCCUCUUGUGGCUUGUCGGUCUGGCGAUGGGUCAGAUCUGGUUACUGUGGGCUGUCUGGCCACUGGAUAUGCACCAGCCUCCUCUGUGACUUUCAGCUGGUUUGACAGUGCAAGCAACAAAAUCUCUGACUUCCUUCAGUAUCCCGAGAUCCAAAAUGGAGACAACACAGUUGUCAGUCACGUUCGGAUCAAGGCAUCAGAUUGGAAUGAACAGAAAUCAUUCACUUGUGAAGCAAAAUAUGAGUCGGAAAUCAAACGUGGAGUUGUACAGAAACAAGAGGUUUACCAUCAGAACCCUUCUCUGUACAUAAUGGCACCAACCCAAGAGGAAAUACGAGAUAAGAAUACUGCCACCUUUGCCUGUCUGGCAAGAGAUUUUACUCCUAAAUCUCACAAAUUCAAGUGGUUUGUGCAAGGUGUGCAAAAGCCUGAAACUAUUAAGUUACCUGAGACAUUGGUGCGAGCUGAGAGGGCACUGUACACCGCAACAAGCAUUUUACACCUUAAUGAGGAGGAGUGGAAGGGAGGUGUAACUGUGAAAUGUGUCUUUGAAGGCAAGCAAGAGACAUUAGAGAAGAUGACUUCAUAUACUUCAAGUGAUUGCGACAUUGCUGGACGAGUUACUGUCAGAAUCGAGGAUCCAUCUCUUGAAGAGUUCUUCCUUAAUGAUAGAGUCGUGCUCAAUUGUAAUGUCACUGGCAUGUUGAGCGACCUCAAUAGUAUUUUCUGGGAGGAUAGCAAAGGAAAUCAACUGACUUCAGAAGAAAAACAAGUGGGAAGCUCUAAAAUUGCCAGUCUCCAAAUCAGCUAUGAAGAGUGGAAAAAUAGUACAGCAUUUGUGUGCAUCAUCGACCAUAAUGACUUUCUCUUUCCAAAGACAGUGUCUUACAGAAGAAUCAAUGGAGGACAGUACAAGGCCCCUUCAGUCUUUAUACUGGGCCCAGCAGAGCAAAGAAUGGUUGACCAGGUGACCCUGACUUGCUAUGCCAAAGACUUCUAUCCCAAGGAAGUGCUGAUUUCUUGGCUUGCUGACGAUGAACUGGUGGAUAGGAAAAAGUUCAGUAUGACCAGUGUUAUUCAGACAGGAAACACCUAUUCAGUCUACAGCCAGCUGACUGUCAAUCUAUUGGACUGGCAGAAAGGAAAGGUGUAUAGCUGUGCUGUGCACCACGAAACUGUUCCCAGAUUAGUGAAGACCAUAGUCAGAUCAGUUGACAGUGUGUCUAAGAAGCCAACCUUAGUGAACCUUAGCCUCAACAUUCCCCAUACCUGUAAUAUGAUCUUCAAUAUACUUCAGAGGCUGGACUUGGACUAUGUCUCUUGCAUGUUCCAUACUGACAUGGGGCAGGACGCCUCAGAAGAAGAGUGUGACAACUUGGGCAGCACGGUCUUCGCCUUCGUUGUGCUCUUCCUGCUCUCCCUUCUCUACAGCGCUGGAGCGACUGUUGUCAAGUAUUACCCCAAAGGAAUCAAUGUAACAUGGAAAGAAGGAACCCAAGAAGUCACAUACAGUGCUGUUAACAAGGAGUUCAGGAGCAUGGGCAAUGGAACCACAAGGUUCACCCUAACAAGCAUUCUGAAGGUGGACCCAGAGAAGUGGUACCAAGGCCUAACUUAUACAUGCAGCACCACACAUGAUGCAAAGAUACUUUCAGAGAAAAUCAGCAUAUGCUCAGCUUAUCCAGUCCCUCCACCAUCAGUGUAUCUUGAGAAACCAAAGGAGAGUGCUGAUAAAAUACUGGCAACUUGUACAGUUAUUGCACUACGUGGCACCACAGUUUUAUGGGUUCUUGAUGAUGAACAUGAAACAGGCCAAACAAAUACCAUUAAAAAGUAUGCUAAUGGAACUCAAAGACUCAUCACCAAGCAUUCUAUAAGCAUGGAUAAAUGGAACACCCUUAAAAAGAUCACCUGCAGAGCUCAACAUCCAUGCUUCAACUUGACAGAGGACACUGUCAGUCUGGCGGAGCUUAAGUCACUUAAACCAACUAUCAAGUUUCUCUCAUUUUCUGAUGCGGAGAAAACUGGGUCAAUCAAUCUCAUCUGCAUGGGGUCUGGGUUCAACCCUAAGAUCAAUUGGCAAAACUCUUCUGGGAAUGUUUUGGUUCCAACAAGAGAGAAUGCUGUUAAACAUGAUGAAUGGAUCACAGUUACCAAUAAAAACAGUGUGUUUGCAUGUUUCCCUGCCCUUUCAGCAAUUCAGGAGUCCUCUAGAAGAGCUAUAGUGUUCCUCAUGGGACCCUCCCUAGAAGAUAAAAUGAUUUCCAGCAACCUUUACUUCACCUGCCGCAUGGUGGCCAGCAACAUUGAGGAGUUCUCCAUCACCUGGAAGGUGAAUGGUAAAAUCUCCUCUGAGCAGGCAUACACAGCAUCGCCUAUGGACAACAACAACAGUACGCACACUGUUCACAGUGUGCUGACUGUUAAGCGGAGUGACUGGGAGGCAUAUAGGCCUGUCUCUUGUCAUGUCAAGCACUUCUGCUCCAGUCACACACAAAAUGUGUCUCUCAAGAAAACUGCAGAAGAAAAACUCAGGAAGCCAACUCUGCAGGUCUUCAGACCUUCUGAUACCAAACUGUCAGAGACAAAGAAUGCUACCCUGUUGUGUCUGAUACUUGGCUUCUUCCCUGCGGACAUCAAAGUACACUGGGAGAUGAAUGGGACCAAGAUGGACCCAUCCCAGUAUUCCAACAGCCCUGUGGUCUGGUUCGCCAGUGCUGGAAGUUACUCGAUGCAUAGCAAGGUCCUGGUCCCACAGUCUCAAUGGCAGGAGGGAAAGUACUCUUGCAUUGUUAGUCACGAGUCAUCCCAGGUGCCGCUCACUCGCAAUAUUACCAAUGCUUUUGCCUCCUUGAUCCCCUCUGCUCCCAUGGCCAAACUGUUUUGGUCUUUAAAUGAGCUGGUCUGCCUGGUCUAUGGCUUCAGUCCAGCACCCAUCAAUAUCACCUGGCUUCUGAACGGGAACACUGAAUUGCUGGACUAUAACACCACAGCACCAUCAAGGGGUCCUGAUGGGAAAUUCAUCAUCCGAAGCCACCUAAAGCUCAGUAUGAUCCCAAAGGCUAUUUAUACCUGCAAGGUCACCCAUAUCACCAAAACUCUGUUGCCCAGGAUAAGCAAACAACCGCAGUCCUUCAACUGA